GAUUUUCCUUUCAUUUAUCUGGUCUAAAGAAAAAAGAAAAAGACCAAUACCAUCGUAUGAUUUUUUCCGUUUUAAUGUCAUGAGGGCUUUCCUCUCGUUUAUCUGAUCUAAAGAAAUAGAGAGCGAAGGAAGAGAAACUCAGAGCUCCGGAUCACCAUGAUGACAUUUCAGAAAACAGAGUAAUGAGUUAUGAGCAGGCCCAAACCUUCCUUCCUCAACCCUGCCACCAAAUCAUACAACGCCAUCAUCAACCGUCUCUCUACUGCAGGCGCCUUCUGCGACGUUCUUCUCACCUACUCCUCUAUGCUUAGCACCGACACCCCUCCAGACGCCCACACAUUCCCCAGUCUCCUCAAGGCUUGCACCUCUCUCGACCUCUUCUCGCACGGUCUUUCCUUCCAUCAACGCGUCAUCGUUGAUGGGUACUCCUCGGAUUCCUACAUUGCCACUUCUCUUAUCAACUUUUAUUCCAAAUUUGGGCAUAACCAAAAUGCUCGCAAGGUGUUCGACACAAUGGGUGACAGAAAUGUUGUUCCCUGGACUACCAUGAUCGGCUGCUACACCCGUGCAGGUGAGCACGAUGUGGCGUUUUCCAUGUAUAAUAUAAUGCGGCGGCAAGGAAUUCAACCCAGUUCAGUUACUAUGUUGGGCUUGCUUUCUGGGGUUUUGGAGCUCGUUCAUCUGCAGUGCUUACAUGCUUGUGUAAUUCAAUACGGUUUUGGGUCUGAUGUAGCUUUGGCGAAUUCUAUGUUGAAUGAGUAUUGUAAAUGUGGAAGAGUCGAGGAUGCUCAGGCUUUGUUUGAAUUGAUGGAUGCAAGAGAUGUGAUUUCGUGGAAUUCCUUGGUUUCUGGUUAUGCCCAGCUUGGGAACAUUAGAGAAGUAUUGCAACUUUUGAUCAGAAUGAAGACUGACGGCAUUGAACCUGACCAGCAGACGUUUGGGUCUUUGGUGUCUGCAGCUGCAAUGCAGAGUAAGCUUGGGGUGGGAAAGAUGGUUCAUGGGCACAUCUUGAGAGCUGGGUUAGAACAGGAUUCACAUAUUGAAACAUCACUGAUAGGUAUGUACUUGAAAUGGGGAAAUGUUAAUUCUGCAUUUCGAAUAUUUGAAGGGAUGAUGCAUAAGGAUGUGAUUUCAUGGACUGCGAUGAUAUCGGGUCUGGUUCAGAAUGAUUGUGCAGACAUGGCAGUCACAGUUUUCCGGAGGAUGUUAAAAUCAAGAGUGAUGCCAUCUACCGCAACCAUAGCCAGUGUUCUUGCAGCUUGUGCAGAGUUGGGAUCUUUUCCUCUGGGGACCUCAGUUCAUGGCUACAUAUUAAGACAAAGAAUAAAACUAGACAUUCCUUCUCAAAACUCUCUUGUUACCAUGUAUGCAAAGUGUGGCCAUUUGGAGCAGAGUUGCUCUGUUUUUGACAGGAUGAGCAGAAGAGACAUAGUUUCCUGGAACGCGAUCGUUUCAGGUCAUGCACAGAAUGGCCAUUUAUGUAAAGCACUGCUCCUCUUCAAUGAAAUGAGGAAAACACGUCAAAGACCUGAUUCAAUUACCGUUGUUUCCCUUCUCCAAGCUUGUGCUUCCAUUGGAGCCCUCCAUCAGGGGAAGUGGAUCCACAACUUUGUGACCAAAAGCUGCCUUGGACCCUGCAUCUUGAUUGACACAGCCCUGGUUGACAUGUACUCUAAAUGUGGCGACUUGGGUUCUGCUCAGAAGUGUUUUGACAGAAUGCCGCAGCAGGAUCUGGUCUCUUGGAGCUCAAUCAUCGCGGGUUAUGGUAGUCAUGGAAAAGGAGAGACUGCAUUGAGGAUGUACUCUGACUUUUUGCAUACUGGGAUCCAACCAAACCAUGUGAUUUACCUCUCAAUUCUCUCUGCUUGCAGUCACAACGGUCUCGUCGACCAGGGCCUGAGCUUCUUCCAUUCUAUGACAAAGGACUUCGGGAUCGAACCAAGACUUGAGCACCGUGCCUGCAUCGUGGAUCUCCUCAGUCGAGCUGGGAGGGUAGAAGAGGCUUAUAGCUUCUACAAGAGGAUGUUCCCAAAACCCUCCAUGGAUGUUUUAGGCAUACUCCUUGAUGCUUGCAGGACCACUGGCAAUGUAGAACUAGGGGACAUUGUUGCUAGAGAAAUUGUCAGAUUGAAGCCUGCAAAUGCUGGGAACUAUGUCCAACUGGCCCACAGCUAUGCUUCAAUGAAGAGAUGGGAUGGUGUGGGUGAGGUGUGGACCCAAAUGAAGUCCCUUCACUUGAAAAAACUGCCUGGGUGGAGUUUCAUUGAACUGCAUGGGACCAUUACAACAUUUUUCACAGACCACAGUUCACAUCCACAAUUCGAAGAAAUCAUGUUGGUUUUGAAAAUGUUGGGCAGUGAAAUGAGGAAAGUGGGCAUUCAUGACAUACCUUGAAAAGCCCUGAACCAGUAGCUGAUUCUUGCAAUGGAAUUACUUUCAGAUUGAACGGAUCUGAGAAGAGGGUUCCCCUAACACAUCCACAGACAUUUUUCUAA